AUGGUCAAAGUGGCAAUUGCAGGAGCCAAUUCCGGUCUGGCACUCGAGGUAAUUGAAAAGCUUGUUGAGGACCGCCGACAUGAGGUUGUAGCAUUGUGCAGAAAGGAUUCUGCGAACUUUCCCCAUCAUCCAAAUAUUCAUUGGACCCUCACAGAUUAUCAAAAUAAGGACCAUUUAGUCACGUUGUUCAAGGAUGUAGAAGUUGUCCUCAACUUCAUUGUUGUCGUUAACGAUCCAGGCAACAAGGUAUCCAAGCUUCUAGUGGAUGCUGCUAUAGAGGCGGGAGUCAAGCGUUUUGCACCAAACAUUGCGAUCGUAGUCAGGCGUGCGAUAGAGUAUGAGAAGGUCUGGCCCGAGGUUGGUGGUAUUAGCGGCGAACGUAUCACCCCUCGGCAGCUCAAGCUGCUUGUCGAGAAAAUCCGAGGCGAGCCAGUACAGAUAGACUUUGUGCAAGAGUCGGACCUGAAGGCCGGCCUUCUGAUGGUCGAGAUGCCUCUAAUACAACAUCCUUCCAUCCCUGAAGCCGAACGAGAAGCAUGGAACAAGCCCGGCUGGAUUGGUAUUCUGACUGCUGUGGCUAAAGGCGCUUGGACUGUUACAGACGAAUGGAAUCAACUCCUUCCCGAUCAUGAGUUUACCAGCAUUGAGGAUUUCAUUAAGCAAACUUGGAGGUAG